AUGGGCUCAGAGUCUUCCCCACAGCCAUCGAAUGAGAUGCUCUCCUUCCAUGUUACGGCCUCCGUCCUGACUCCCCGACUGGGAAGACUGGCCUUUGCCGGCAGAAAACCCAUCUCCACCCCACAUUACAUCCCUCUGGCCUCCCGAGGCGUCGUUCCGCAUAUUGCCCAUGAUGUGCUGCGUGAUCACACAGACAUCGGCAGUCUAUAUGUCGGUCUCGAAGAUUUCGUAGAAAGACAAAGCCAAAAACAUCCGCCACCGGUCUAUACCAUUCCCACCGCGCAAGAUGAAUCGGCCUUGCGCAAAUUCGUCGCUCUGCCCGAUGACCUCCUCUUGAUCAUGGGCGCACGUCGGGAGCCCCCGAUCAAAUGCCCCCCGGCCAACACGCCAAACUCCGUCGCCAUUUACACCUCCGUUGGGUUCAGACAGCUCGAAGCUACCCAGUACGUCGACGCCGUGCAGAAGCUCAGCCCGGAUAUCGUCGUCGGACUGGCAGAUCUACGCGGCAAGAUGGUGGAUCGAACCCACGCUUUCACUACGCAUGCCACUGGAUUACUCUACGGCAGCACAGUGCCAGAGGAGAACCGAUCAAAGUCAGCCUACUUCGCUCCUGUCCUCCCUCUCGAAAACGCCCAGCAGUCAAUCUACAUGGACGACCUCGAGACCGAGCUCAGACCAUACAUCUCCGGCCUGGCACUCUACGAAUCGGCUUCCCUAUCAGCCAUCUCCGAACCGCUCGGAGACCUCCCCCGCCUCCUCUACAGCGCACCCGCGACUCCACACGAUAUCCUUCGCGACGUUUCCCUCGGAGCAGAUCUCCUCACCAUCCCCUUCAUGGGUGUCUGCUCUGACGCCGACAUCGCCCUGGAUUUUACCUUCCCUUCACCCAACACCCCCACGACCGUCACCCAACCUCAUGACCUCGCCUUCGACCUGUGGUCCCCGUCUCACACAACCGACACCUCCCCUCUCUCCAAAUCAUGCGAAUGCUACACUUGCCGCAAUCAUCACCGCGCAUACAUCCAUCAUCUCCUGACCGCCAAGGAAAUGCUCGCCUGGACACUUCUCCAAGUCCACAACCACCAUGUAAUGGAUACUUUCUUCGCUGCCAUCCGCGAAAGCAUUUCCCGGGGGACCUUCGAAGCCGACACUCAGACCUUCCAACGCACUUACGUCUCCGAACUCCCCAAGCCUACCGGCCAGGGUCCUCGACUCCGCGGCUACCAACUCCCCGCGUCUGGACCCAACCAACCCCGCCGUAAUGCCCGCGCAUACGGUAAACUCGACGAUGCAAUGGAGAAGUUCGCCGAGUCGCAGUCUUCUCUGGCGACGCCGGAUACAGGCGCCGAGGGACUUGAGGAGCAUGGAUUUGGGAUGAAGGAGGUGUCGUAG